AUGGCUGCGGCGGCGAAACGAGGGACGGCGGCGGCAGGCAGGCCGCGGCAACGAGGGGCGCAGGGGGAGGGGGAGGGGGGGGGGAGAGGAGUAGGGAGAGGAGGAAGGGAGGGUGCAGUUGCGGCUGAAUCUGCAGGCGGCGACGGGGCAGUCACGGCGGCAGGAAGUGUGGGCGGGGAUGGCGCGGUCGCGGUGGAGGAUGGGCAGGCGGCGCCGAAGCAGUGGCGGCGGCAGGGCGGCGGAGGCGCAGUCGCGUUAACGGGAACCGCGGGGCGACGAUGCGGCGCCGUAGCAGGCGCGGCGGCGGGAACGCGGCGACGUGACGUCGCGGCGGAGGGACGGGCAGGCGGCGACGAGGCGUCGCGGCGGCGGGAUGCGCAGGCGGCGCCGAAUCAGGCGCGGCGGCGAGAGGGGGAGGCGGCGACAGGGGGUCGCGGCGGGGGGGAGGAGGGGACAGCGGCGUUGCGCUCACGGCGGUGGUAUCCGCAGGCGAGGAAGGCGUAA